AGAGUAGCUUGCAAUUUUUGCAGUGGAGUUAAUAACAGAAAUCUUUUUUUCAAUGUACUCAAAAUAUAAUAAUUAAAUGAAAAAUGACCUCCGAGGAGCACCAAAGGUUGGCGAACAUUGUGAAAAGCUGUCACGAGGAUUUGCGACAGCUGACAAAAAUACAUGGCGCUGAACGAGCUUGGCAUGAGCAUAUCAAGGACACACAGAAGUUGGUGGAAUACGCGGGGGCGAUGCAAAAACUCGCAGCAAUAUGGGAGACGAAUGCAAGCAGCGAGGAGGCUCUGGCGCGCAGUCGCAUCAAGUGGGCCAUAAACUAUAUAACCAAAUACUUUUAUACGGAGCGCAUUUACAUGCAAAAGCGGCAAAGAGAGCAGCGCCUGUUGGCUUCUUACACAGAAUUGGAGGGCGUCGGCUGUGCUUUCCUAGAAGUGCCUCCGGAUAAAUUGCGGGUACUGGACGUAGGCAGCUGCUUUAACCCAUUUGGUAGUACACCGUACAUGGAUGUGACGGCAAUUGACUUGUGUCCGGCCACUUCGGAUGUCCUUCAAGCGGAUUUCCUCAGUAUUGCAGUCGAUGAGAACUUGAACGAGCCGGUCUUGAAAGACCGGACCGUGCAAAUAUUACCGGCUAAUUAUUAUGACUGCGUAAUUUUUAGCCUGUUGUUGGAGUACGUACCAAGCUCAGAGCAGCGACUGAUGUGUUGUCAGAAGGCCUACGAACUAUUGCGACCUGAGGGGAUAUUGGUAAUCAUUACACCCGAUUCACAGCAUGUUGGUAAAAAUGCAGGACUAAUGAAAAACUGGCGUUUUGCGCUGGCCAAGAUGGGGCUGUUGCGUGUGCGCUUCGAGAAGUUGCCACACAUCACCUGCAUGGCUUUCCGGAAAGCAAUAAGUUUGGAGCUAGCGCAGCAUUGGGCCAGCGUACAUCGGGAGGAGGGCAUGAGUGAAACUAUGAAAAUCCCACAGGAUGAAAAUUAAAUGUAUACUCUACACCCUCAUCAGACUAGAAAUAUUUUCACGAAUUUUAAAGCUAAAAUGUUAAACAUUAAUAUAAAAUGAAAUUACAAAAAAUAUUUCAUAGUC